AUGGGAUCGCAUGUGGAAACACCUCCUGAGGUGCUCACAAAAAGUGCACCCACAACUCUCAAUGGCAUCGCGGCCGAGAUCACUAGGCUGUCGGCCGAGCUGACAAAGUUCCUCGAGGACAACAAGCUCGACGUCCCGACCUUUGAACCCGACAGCCCAACGCGCUACGAUGGACUCACUGCCGAGUCCUUCAUGACGCGCCAGCACCUGAUCGACAGGAUCAACGACAUGUGGCUGUUGGCCCAGGGUCCAAGCGAGAGUAUUUUCAACUACGUCCACAAUGCCAUGCCUGAUGCCGCAUGCCUCAACGUCCUCAACUACUUUGAUUUCUGGUCCGCGGUGCCACUGGACGGCAGCGCCUCGUACCAGGAGAUUGCCAAAAAGGUCCGCCUGCCCCUCGACGUGACCCGCCGCGUGGUCCAGCACGGCCUGACCAUCCGGCUCUUCGCCAGCGACGCGUCGACGGGGCCCGGCCGCGUGCGCCACACGGCGCGGUCCGCUGCCCUCGCGCGCGCGCCGGGCCUGAGGGCGCUCGUGUCGACGGUGCUGGACGAGGCCGGCGCGCCCAUGAUGGUCAUGCACGAGUCGCUGGACCGGUACAGCAGGGGCGAGGACAAGCUCAGCCCGGAGAUGGAGCACACGGCGUUUGCGCACCUGCACGCCGGCAAGGGCGCGGAUGGGCAGGGGAGGCGCUACGUCAACUCGUGGGACAUGUUGGAGAACGACGGCGAGGGGGAGAACAAGGGCUGGCGCCAGAGGAACUUUGUCGAGUUUAUGCGGUACCUCAAGGAGAUCUUUCGGUUUGACGAUGUGAUCUCGCACGCGUACGACUGGGAGAAGCUUGGCGAUGCUACUGUCGUUGAUGUCGGCGGUUCAGCAGGCCAUGACGCCGUGGUCCUAGCCCGCAAAUUCCCCUCUCUGCGCAUCCACGUACAAGACCUGCCCAAGGUGGCGCCCGUGUUCGCGUCGUCGGUGCCGGCAGAGCUCUCCUCCCGCGUCACCUUCACGCCGCACGACUUUUUCAACCCGCAGCCCGUAUCGGGCGCCGACGUGUACAUGCUCAAGAUGAUACUGCACGACUGGCCGGACCACGAGUGUGCGCGGAUCCUGCGCGCCCUCAUCCCGGCUCUCAAGCCCGGCGCCAAGGUCAUCCUGGUCGAGUACGUGGGCGGCGCCAACGAGGACGAGGCGGCCGCGUCGCUGCCGGACCCGGCCGUGCCGAGGAGCCUGACGCAGAUGGGCACCGCGACGGACCUGAGGCUCAUGGCGCUCUUCAACGCCAAGGAGAGGCCGCUCGGCGCCUGGAAGGGCGUGUUCGAGGCCGCGGAUCAGAGGUUCAAGGUCAAGGACUGCGAGCCCAAGCCUGGUGAGUUCUUUGCCGUGAUUGAGGCCGAGUGGACUGGCUGA